AUGUCGGCGCCGCAACAUUCGCUUACAAAGGCAGUGCCAGAAAUAAUUGUCCCAAGCGAGUGGGUACCGGGACAUAAUGAUUCCACCACGCAGCAAUAUGCAAAGGCGCGUGGGCCUGAGAGCCCCGUGCCCCUUUCUGCAGACCAAAACUCUAACCCUUGCCCGCGAUGCCAUUGGAACCGACAAUCAGCAAAGCUCUUUCCAUGGGGCGGAGACGAAAAUGUAUUACAGCCUCCAUUCAUGACACAGCAGUCACAGGAGAGCUGCAUCCGAUGUCGAAUCCUCCAGCUCGCGGUAGAAGCCGCGGGCGUGAAGCUAGGCCCCAGAGAUAUAAUCUGGAUUGAUGAAGAUGGCUGUAGCAUCCAGUUUGAGGAAUCCCUUGAAUUCGGAGAUGUCAUCUCCCUGGAUAUUUUUGCGGUAAAUGACGACAGAGGCACGCCGCCGCCCGAGUGGCUGCCUCAAGGUGUUAGGAGACCGCCAGAUAACACGUCGACAUCACAAGCCUUGGAAUGGUCAAAGGCUGAGAUUGAGCAAUGCUGUCAAUCUCAUACUCGGUGCCGGAUUCCUCCAAGCUCGUUUGCUCCUACGCGCCUGAUCGAUGUGCGCCCACAAAAUGUGGAUGGUGACGUUGUUCUCCGGGACGGAUCAUCUGUGCCUCGGGGGUCCCGGUAUUGUGCUCUGAGCUACUGUUGGGGGAAACUCAAGCCCGCAUGUCUCACCACCAAAGCUACAUUGCCACAGAGGCAAGCCGGAAUACCAUGGUCGUCCCUACCACUGACCUUUCAAGACGCGAUCAAAUGGUCACGAUCGAUGGGUAUAGACUAUCUGUGGAUCGACAGCGUGUGCAUCAUCCAAGGAGACGAGGAGGACUGGCGUCAGGAAUCGGGCCGCAUGUUCCAAGUCUACGGCAAUGCAUACGUGACACUUGUGGCCGCCUUUGGUGCUGACUCGAGCGCGGGACUGUACUCGUUGCAACACAACCAGGUCCCUGCCAAGCACAUUGCCAACCUUUGUUAUGAUGGAAGCCCAGAGACAACGUGGCCAUUAUACGUGCGCCAAGCGCUACACGAUAAUUAUUAUAACUGGGAAAAUCAGGAGCUGCCGGGCAUCCUCCCGCUGCUUCAGCGUGCCUGGUGCUAUCAGGAGCGGCUCAUAUCUCCAAGGACGCUCCUCUUUGCGCCAGGGGAAAUGGCAUUUCAGUGUUUCGAGCGAGUAUCCUGCGGGUGCGGAAGAGAUGACGCGUCGCUGGGUGAUGCCACAUCAAACAGCAAGCACAAGCAUAUCCUUCCUCGCUCCACGGACAAAGGUCACAAUGAUGAUAGCUUGCACCGCAAUCCUUCCCAGACCUGGUGGCUGCUGGUUGGUGCCUAUACUGAUCUCAACAUCACGGCAGAGAGCGACCGACUACCAGCAUUUGCUGGUGUUGCCGAGUACAUUCACCAAUUCAGAAGGAGCGAGAAGUACCUCAGCGGUCUCUGGUCUGGCACUUUGGUCAGUGAUUUACUUUGGAUUGUGCUUCAUCCGACCGACGGUUCCCGGGCCCAGAUCCAGCCAACGGCCACGAAGAACCCAAGCUGGUCUUGGGCGAGCGGAUCACAGGGUCGAACUGUGUCCGGGUAUGUUAAUGACUUUGACUCUCAUGUCGAAGUACGAGAAGCAGAGUGUCAGUACGCGGCAGACAACUCGUAUGGUAUAGUCACUGGCAGUCGUUUAGUCCUUCAAGGACGGUUAUGGAAAUUCUCUUUUGCUCUGGAAAAGGAGGAAGGAUCGACAUGGUUUAUUAGCCCACAUGCAACCUUUAGGCUGAGGAACCCAGUCCCCGGGCGAUUUAAUCAUCUCCACCUCGAUAGUGGAAGUCAUUGGCGUAAAUGGCGUACUCUUUCACGAUUCGUUCUUUUGGAAAUGGGAAAGAGUCAAAGCGAAUCAGGAGCAGUGACGUGGUACAUGAUUUUAAAAUCUACUUCAAAGUCUUCAAACACCUUUGUCCGACUAGGUCAAUGUAGUAUUGUCACAAAGUCUCUCACCACCGCUGACUGCAAAAGAUGGGAGAACCUAGGAACAGAUACCGUGUGUACCAUUGAGUAA